UUGUCACCGAAAAAGAUGUACAAGCAAUCAAAAAAAUUUUUGAUCAUGAUGAUAGUAAAAGCCUUUCUUCAAAGAAAAGAGGUAAAAUGAAGGAAGUCGAGGCGUCGCAAAUAUUAUUUGCGAAAACUCCUGUGGAUGAGUCUUAUCAGGUGAUAAAAAAUGGUCAUUCUGAAGGAGUUCCGAUAAGCGGAUUAUCACCAAAUAAAAACAAUGCAAAAUCUGAACUUUCACGCCGCGUUCACACCGCGGCGAACGAAACAGCGGAACCAUUAUCAUCCGCGCAUACUAAUGUUCCUGAAAAUGCGACGAUGGGGAAUUCGUUGGUUUCUUCCUUAGAUAAACAACAAUUUCGCGACGAAUUCACUUCGAUUGUCAUUAAGCAAUGCGAGCGUUAUAAAAAGCUUAUGGACGAGUCCACCUUUAACAAGCACAAAGAGCGGUGCAUCAACAUUCUAUAUGACAAAGAAUUGCGAUUCUUUGAUAAAGAAAUGCAGCGGAAAGAUUCGAGGUUAGAUGUUGACCACUACAUGAAUAGUAUCCGAAAUCGCGUGUCAAAAUUUUUGGAAGAUUACAUGAAAAAAUUGGUUGAAUCCAUAAAGAAGUCCAAGAAAGAGAAAGAGUCAGGGGGCAGCACGAGCAUUAAGAGAGAACAUGAGAAUGAAGAUGGCCAAAACGUUAGAAGUGUUGUCAGUGUACUUGAAAAAAACAGUUUAGAUGAAAUAUUCGAACAGUUUGAUUUUGCACCAUGA